GCUCCUCUUCGUCAUGGAGGCCAUUGAAGUUACUGAGGAGGAUGUGCGAGAGGCGAAAAAUGCACUGGAUCCUCGAGUCGUUUCCGUGCUGACGAAACUGGUGAGCAGACUCCUCCAUGAAAGACCUCCCGACGCUUUUGACAUUCUUGAGCAGUUGGUAAUUUCUGCUAAGAACGAUGAGGGAGAAAAUCAGUCCGAUUUGCCCCCAGAGAUUCCGCUGGAAAAUGCCAAGCUCAUGCAGAGCUUUUAUAACCCAGAGCAUGGGGAGUUGAAAGAAUUGAACGCAGCCUGGUUGGACAGACCUCCGCAGGUGAUGCCCUGGACGAGCUGCAGGGAACAUCUGUCCAUGCAACGACUGCAGCAGCAGCACCAGCAGAUUUACCGCCUGAGGUUCUGGGGCUGCAUUUGGUUCAAAUGGUACGUGCUGGAGGCUGAGCUGACGCCUCAGGGCUUCGUAAGUCGGGCUGAGGAAGUCGAUGCGGCUGCCAAACAGGCUCAGGCUUUGACCAAGGCCGCUUGGGAGGAAAUGAAAAAGGAGGCUGAGGAGACAGGAAAGCCCCUGCCUGAACCACCAUUUUUGUCGGACAUACCGAUCGAGCCUUCAGGAACGGGAGUAAACUCAAUGGUUUAUUUAGUGAGUUCAGAACUGGGACUCCCUGAGAGCUGGACUUGGUUGCCAGACAUCACCCCAGAAGACAUCUUGAAGGCUCGGCAGAUCGUGCGGUUUCCUGAGGACAUAGAGGGUGAUUGCAGCGCCAGUGGCCUAGGCAAGGCAGUCAUUUUGCGAGCCCAAAUCGCGAGGAUCAAUGCGUCGACCAGGGUGGCGCCGCAGGGUAUGUUCAAAAUGAAAAAGAAACUGGCUCCUGGCGAAGAAGAAGACGACGAAGACGAGGAGGAUGAGGACGAAGAGGAAGAUGAGGAAAACGAAGAACCGAAAGAGGCGCGGCUGAAUGCACGCUUUAAGUUGCCGGCACUGAAGCAGCUCGUGGACCUGAACAAAUGGGUGCACAUCACCUCGUUCAUCCUCCAAAGUCAAGGCAGAGUCAAAUGGUGGAAUCCCAAUCCUGACGCCGAUGAGGAUGAAGAAGACGAGGAGGAAGAAGAGGAGGGAGAGAAGAAGGCAGGUCCAGAGAAGUGUCCGAAGCCAUUGUCUCCGAUCGCCCAGGAUGAAGCCAGUCCUCAUUUGGCACAAGGUUUCCCAACCUGCUGGGCCCUGAGGAAAGUCUCAGUGCUUGGGCCUCCAGCUGUCGUGGCUCGCUCGCUAAUCUGGCCAGGGUCCAUCACUCUCUUCUACUCGGGGCAAAUAGAGCACAUUUACAUUGGCUGGGGCGUGAAAAGCAGCAGCAACCACUAUUGCCCACCGCUUGUACCGGAGGUCGCGGUUGAACCAGCAGAACUUUUGUUGAGCAAGGACCCGACCGUGGAGGAGGAAAAAGCUGCUCAGGCUCAGGACGAUGAGGAUGAGGACGAGGAAAAAGAGGGCGAGGAGGAUGAGGAUGACUAA